AAGUAAUCCAAAUUGGAAUUACAACAAAACAUUAAAACGACUUCUGUAUAAAUAUAUAGGGGUGUUAGGCUUACAAAUCGCUUCAUUGCACAAGUUUGCUUAUGUAAUAACAUUAAUCUACAAACAAUAUGAAUAAGUUUCUACAUUUUACGGCUUGUCUGGGGCUAUUCUUUACCGUUGUCCUCAAUGUCACAGAUGCUCAAGUAGGAGUUUGUUAUGGGAUGCUCGGUAACAACUUGCCUCCAGCAUCUGAUGUUGUGGCUCUAUACAAACAACACAACAUUACAAUGAUGAGGCUCUUUGACCCGAGUCAACCCGCUCUAGAAGCCCUUCGAGAUUCCAACAUUGACGUUAUCCUCGGCAUUCCCAAUUCCGAUCUCCAAUACUUAGCAGCCUCCCAAGCAAACGCCGAUGCUUGGGUCCAGAAAAACAUAAACAACUUUACUAACGUAAAAUUUAAAUAUAUUGCAGUUGGGAACGAAGUCGACCCUUCCCAAAGAGCCUCUGUUCUUCUCGCCAUGCAAAAUAUUCACAAAUCUGUAUCGACAGCUAAUCUCGAGAUAAAAGUCUCCACUGUUAUAGAUACGGGACUUAUUGCUAACUCGUAUCCUCCAGAAAACGGGACAUUCGGAUCAGAUGUAUUUCCGUACAUCACUCCAAUUGUUCGAUUCUUGGUCGACAACAGUGGGCCGUUGCUUGUCAAUGUGUACCCUUAUUUCGCUUACAUUAACAAUAAGGCACAAAUUUCUCUUGAUUAUGCGCUUUUUACGUCUAGUGGGGUCGUUAUGCCUUCUGGCGUGAGGUAUCAGAAUCUUUUCUAUGCGAUUGUUGAUUCAAUUUAUGCGGCUUUGGAAAAAAUCAAUGGGUCGACUGUGAGAAUAGUGGUGUCUGAGAGCGGUUGGCCUUCGGCUGGAGGGGACACGACUACUUUCGAUUAUGCGAAGACUUAUUUGACGAAUAUGAUUCAACGUGUCAAAAGUGGGACACCUAAACGACCUGGAGAGCCGAUUGAGACCUACGUUUUUGCGAUGUUCGAUGAAAAUCAGAAAAGUCCCGAAUACGAGAAGAACUUUGGGGUCUUUACGCCAGACAAGCAGCUCAAGUACCCGAUUAACUUUUAGGAGAUACUUGGAGAAUAUACAUAACAAAUAAAACACAUAUCUGAAAUGGUUGAUUGUAAUUUAUAUGAAAGGAAGUUAUUACCUGAGUGAAUAGAUGUGACAAAUUGAUGUCGUAACUAUGAGGAGAAAGUUAUAAUAUCCGUCUUAAAAAAUAAUAAAUAAUAUCAGUCUUAAAUCGCUCCACCACUUCUCAUUUUUGUGCGAGUCCUUGAGCAAAAAAGACUGUUUGCACUCUCUACCGUUAUUUAUUUAUUACGUUUUAUUUAAUAUUUGAGUCCACUCCUUAAUAAUAUUAUAUUAUUUCAAUA